GAAGAAACGAUGUGUGGAAUACACUUUAUACUACGAUAUAUCAAAGUUAGGCUCUGCCGUUACAUUCUACUAACAUGUCAACGUUAUUCAAUGGUGAUAAUUCAGAUUCCGACGGAGAAAUCAAGAUAAACACGGAUUACGCUAAGAAUUACGAUAAUUGGCGUCAAAAGGAAGAACUAAAUAAAUUAAAGACAAAAUAUGAAGAGGUUAUUACGGAUGACAGCGGCUCAUCUGAUGAUGAAGAUGAUGAGAAUAUUGAGGAUCCACAAUUUGAUAGGGAAUUUUAUAAAACCUUAGCAUGCUUGAAGAAAAAGAAUCCAUGUAUAUAUGAUGAAGGUGUUAAGUUUUUUAACAAUAUCGACAUAUCUGGAACUGCAGAAUAUGAAUCGGAGAAUAAGAGGAAAGACAAAUUAAAGAAAGAAAAGGCUGUGUUUUUACGUGACUAUGAACGUAAAAUUGUAAUGGAAGGAAACGGACAGUUUAGUAGCAGCGAAGAUGAAGAUAAUAAGCAAAAUGCUAAAAUUAAAAUACACACUUACAUAGAAGAACAACAAGAAAUGAAAGAUGGUUUCAAGCAUGUUCUCAAAGAAGAGUCUGAUACAGACGAGGAUACUGGAUUCCUGAAAGUAAAGCAAAAAACAGAAGAUGACAAGCAGAAGGAAGAGGAGUCAUACAAGAAAUGGUUAAAGGGUGGAAAUUUGGAAAUAGAUUCUCAAGAACAAGAGGAACUUAAGCCGUUACGUGACUUUUGGACAAAUCCUAAUUUAGAUGAAAAUGAGAAAUUUUUGAGAGAUUAUAUUCUCAACAACAAGUAUAUAGAUAAGGAAUCUUCUGAUGUGGAGCUGGAUUAUGAUCAAAUUGCGCACGACAGCGAUCAGAAUUUAUCAGAAGAUGAGAAGAAUAUCGAGAAGCAAGAAGAAUUUGAACACAAGUACAAUUUUAGAUUUGAAGAGCCCGAUCAGGAAUUUAUCAAGAGAUAUCCUCGUACUAUGGAGAACUCAAUGCGGAGAAAAGACACACGUAGAUCGCAAAAGAGGGCGGAAGUCAGGCAAAGAAAAGAGCAAGAAAAACAGCAGAAAAAGGAAGAAUUGAAGCAACUGAAGGCACUGAAGAGAAAAGAGAUAGAAGAGAAAAUAGACAAGUUGAAGGAGAUUACAGGUAAUAAUGAUAUGCAUUUCGACAACGUCGAUUUCGACGCCGAUUUCGACCCAAAUGAACACGACAGAAAGAUGAAGGAACUUUUUGACGAGGAAUAUUAUGCUGGUGUCGAGGACGAUGUGAAGCCGGAAUUUCCAGAUAUUGAUGAAGAGUUGGGUAUUGAGAGCACAUGGGAUGACUAUGACCCGAAAGCAAAUGAAAUAGACAUCGAUGAUGCGUCGCACGGAGAACCUCAUUGUGAAGAUCCUGAAUUUAAUAUGGAUGCUGAUUACGAUGGGAACCAAAAUUUACAUUCGGAACUUGUAGAGAGUACCAGAAAGAGUAAGAGAAAGAGGCGCUCAAAGUUCGCUACGCUUAUAGCGACAGAGAAACCAAAAUUCGAUCCGAAACAGUUUCCUUCGUAUGAAGAAUAUUUCGAUCAAUAUUAUUCAUUGAACUAUGAGGAUAUGAUCGGAGAUUUGCCUUGUAGAUUUAAAUACAGAAAGGUAAUGCCGAACGACUACGGGUUAAGUGUUGAAGAGAUAUUAAUGGCCGAUGACAAGGAAUUAAAUAAGUGGUCUUCUUUAAAACGAGCCCUUCAACAUAAAUCUGAGCAUGCAGAGAUGCAAGAAGUUCGAGUGUACAAACAAAAAUCGUCGAAUGAGAUGCUAAAACGGAAAAUUCUCAAGAGCUUAUAUACUGAAUCAGAAAAGCAAGAAGAUGGAAACGCAAAUGCGGAUGAGCAAACGACAACUGGCGACAAUAUCGACAGUAAAAAGCGCAGAAGGAAGAAAACUAAAAACAGCAAUUUUAACGCUGACUCCACUAACGCUAACACCGCUGAAGAAGGCGCCGCAAAAGCUUCUGAAGAUAAUACGCAAAACAAUGCUCGUAAUAUCAAGAAUGACGCAGACCAAGAUGAGAAUACGCGGGAGAAGAAUGUAGCGAAUAAGAGUAACAAGUGGAAACGAAAAGAAAAAUUAAAUGUCGACAGCGAUAGCCCCAGGCCAAAGAAGGUAAAGGUGGAUAAUAUAAAGAAAGGAAGCUCGUGGGUACAAAUGGAUAAUAAGAUAGAAAAGGGCAACGUGGAAACGGCAUCUGUGGACAAAACCGCGCUCGCUCGGAAGAAGAGGGACAGAUCGAACAAGAGGAAACUUCAAUUUAACAAAGUAAAAAGCGGCAAGUGCAGAUUAAACAGCGACAGCACCGACCUAAUGAUGUCCUUGAACGCGGAACGACUAAAAUCAUACGGCAUAAACGCCAAGAAAUUUAAGAACAAGCUGAAGUAUGGCAAAAGAAAGUUAUGAAUAUUAAACUCUCGUAUGUUUUCUUGGAAAUACAUGGUUUUUCUUCACAGAACUUAGAUAUACAAUUAAUUUUCCCGCGUAAUUAGUAAUCCUGUGCUUUUGUUGUGGCAAAAAAUUCGGUACAAAUAUAGUGCGUUGUUACCUGUAACAUCAUCCGAUCCGACGUUAGGAUUGGUCUGCUCUUGGAUGACGAACGACGUUCUAGCACCACCUGUUGUUCGCCAGGCAGCAGAGCUAUCAGAAAUAAUGCCUGCAUCAGCAGUUCAGUGAAUGCUUGGCAAUUAUUGUUUACGCUUUUUUUAGAUCUUCGAUAAGUCUAGGAGAAUGUGCCAAUAUAGAAGAAAUAAUCAUAUAAUAAAAAUAUAAUAGAAAUCAUAAUAAAAUGUGCUAGCUGA